GCAGCUGAUAGUCACUGUAGUAAGCGGUGUGAACUACGCAGGGACAACUACUAUUGAAGCACUGUUCCGCAGACAGUUCUUCGCUAUUUUCUUUUUGUUUCCUCGUUUCCAUCAUGGGUUUAAUAGUGAAGUUUAUGCUUAAGUUUCUGACUCUGAUGUUUUUUCUGACGGUACAAGCUGAACAUGACAAUAAUAUUGUCCAAGGGUCAGAGGUCAUCACAGUAUCUGAAGGUGGGGACGUCAUCUUACCGUGUUCCCUCAGCACCAAGGAGAGUGUUGUAGAAAAACUCUUUGUCUGGAGGAAAGAUGGACAGAAGAAGAAUGUGUUCAUCUACGAUGAUGGUCUUCAUCACGGUAACGGCUUCUCAGGUCAAGAUGAUCAGUUCAGAGGAAGAGUCUCACAUUUUCCUGAACAGAUGAAGUUUGGUAACGUCUCCAUCAGGAUUAUUAACACAACGACCACAGACACUGGAGACUACACCUGUGACUUUCCACAACGUAAUGGAGGACGAACAUUCAACAUUACACUUGUUGUUGGUUCAGUUCCCAAACCCAUCGUCACGAUGUCUAAGGUGACAGAUUCUGGGGUCCAGCUGAAGUGUGAGGUUCAAGGAGCUUUUCCAAAGCCAGAGCUACGGUGGCAGAACUGUGAUGGAAACAUCCUUGAUGCUGAGGAGGCUGAGAUCUCAGAGAGAGACGGUCGCUACCACAUCACCCUCCAAACUACUGUGACCUCCACCACAACCACCUGCUUCCAGUGUGUGGUCCAACAGAAGGACCUGAACCAUGAGACUGGUUCUACCAUCACUGUGCCUGAGAAACUGUUUGUGGACCCGUGUGGAAAAGUGACCAUUGAAGGGUUGAUGACUGGAAUAGUGGUGGGAGCUGGACUUCUGGUUCUGGUUCUGGUUCUGCUUGUGUUCUUUAAGUUCAUCACAGUACGUCGUGUUAGAGCAGGAACUCAGAAGACAGACGGUGACAAUGAGACCAAUGAGCCCCUCAAGUCUGAACAUAUCACAGUAUGAUUCACUACAACAAACCCUUCAAAAUAGUUUCUUUUCUAAUGUUUUAAAUACAAUGGUAUAUAUUGUAAGAUCCAAACAUAAAUCUCAACUUUAAAUGAGAAUGUUUUUUUCCCCACAUUUUUUCAACAUAUUGCUCAUGUUCCAAAACAAUGCUGCUGUGUAUUAUGGUACUGUAUUUAGCAAUAAUGAAGAAAGGACAUUUUUUUUAUUUGUCCUGAUGCAAAACCAGUGUUUGAAAUGACCUGGAGCACUUUAGAACUGUAGUUUUAUUAUUUUUGAGAUAUUACCCAUAGAAUACACUGGUAUGUCUAUAUAUAUAUAUAGAGAGAGAAAGAGAGAGGGAGAGAAUCUCUGUAUAUUUGUUACAUAUGGCAUAACAUUCCAUGGUGUCUCUCCGUUCUGCUGCUUUAUAUUUAAGUUUACUUUUAAUUGUUUUAUGCUGGAGUAUAUGCUAAGUCCCUAAAGCUACUGAACAAAGAAAAAACAACCUGUGUCAUAUAAUUUUUGCAAGGAGAUGAUAUGUGAAUUGUAUAUGUAACCACACUUGAAACAAUCCUGCACUCCUUUUUGUGUGAAAUCUCUAUUGAUUUUAAGAAUUCUUGUAACUAUUUAAGACAGAGCUAAUAUAUUCCUGUAAGGCUAUGUAAUCUCAGAGCGCAAAAAAUAAAAACCUCUUUUUCUGAAA